AUGAAUAAGAAUCAAGGUGGUAAAAAUUCACAGUAGCAAUAACCUGUAGGAAAUGCUCCUAAUUCCUUUUUUGAUGGAGAGUAAGCUGCUAAGAAGCAUCCAAUAUUUGAUGCUAUGGUCAAGAAUUUUUCUCAAAUGGCUUACAUCAAUUCGUCAGGUAAAGGUCUUGAACUCUAUCCAUAGGUAAGAACUAGCACUAUAAUUCAACAAUAUAAACAGUCUGAGGAAAGUGAAGAAGAUCACUUAGAGGAUGGUAACGGUGGAGAUCUGGGAGACUAUGACGGUGAAUAUGGAUAGGGAAACAAAAAGAAAAAGAAGAAGAGGCAUGGAGAUAUGUUUAAAAAGAAGGAUGACGUGAAUGAAGCAGAUAUUGAGAAUUUGUACUCAGCUGAUCCCAAUAAGCUUGACUUGAUCAACAACUUAAAUUCAAUCAAGUUACUUGCGAUUUCUGAAGCCUUUGAAAAAUUUCCAAAUGAAGCAGUAGAUGUUGACUAAUUCGUGAAAAUAAUGAAAGAAGUCUUAGAAGACACUAAGUUGACUACCAGAGAGGAAUUCAUUCAGGAUCUAGUGGACUUAUUUUACAGAGCCAAUAAGUCUCAUGGGGAGACCAUAAAGUUCGAAGACUUGACGAGUUACUUGAUAGAGCAUGAGAUUGAUUAGUUUAAAAAUAUUGGAAACAUGAAUAUGAACUAUUUCGAAUCAGAAAUCACUGACUAGACUACUCACAAUAAUUACAUUGAGAAGAUAUUCUACUUUUAGCAAAUCGAUAAAGUCAUUCUAUACGAGUAGAAUAUGAGAUUUAUGAGAAUUUAUGAUGGGUUGACUAUGAGAAAUGAGAUGGACAUCAGUUGUCCAGGGGUCAUCCUAGCAAUAGAGUUCGCUCCUGAUAAAAACGCUAUAUGUGUGAGUUUAAGCGAUCGAUCUAUCUUGUUUUAUGAUGCUGGCAGUGCAACUUACAAGAUUAUUAGGAAAAUUCAUGUCCCUAGUACAUAGAAAUGUCUGUGCUAUGUAAAGAGAAAGAGAACUUUAUUCUCGGCUGGUACUGAUGGAGCUAUAUUUGCUUGGAACAUGGAGAAAAUCUUUUCAAAUGACUUUGUUGAGGAUGAAGCAUUGAGAGAAAAGGAAAAGAGAGAGUUUGAUUACAAGCUAUACAUUACUGAGAGAACGCCUUGGUUUGUGGGAGAUAUAAUUCUCUGUGUAGUUGAUCUUCCUAAUAUAAAUUUCCUGGCAACUGGUUCAUAUGAUAAGUAAAUUAAGCUUUGGGAUUUAAGAAACAACCUGAUUGAGAGUAAAAAUGAUCACGAUGAGAAGAAUUCAGCCAAGACAAGCAAUUAAAACUUUGGCCAGAUGUCUCUUCUUAAAAAAUCAACUCUUGGUUCUAAUGACAAUAAGAGAAAUACAAAGAAAACUUAGCACUCAAACUUCAGAAAGAAUACUAAAGAAGAAAACAAAAACUAUAAUGAUGAUCUAAUGGAUGAUUUCGCAAAAGAGCCAACAAAAGUUCUGAUUGGCCAUUCAAAGGCUGUAAGAGAAAUUGCAUACUCUGAGAGACAUAAAAUUUUAGUCAGUUGUGGAUUUGACUUUGAAGUAUUCGUUUGGAAUCCUUACUGCGAAAAAUACAUUAUAAAACUAGAUGGGCACGAAUCUCCUCUUGUCGGAGUAAACUGCCCAGCCAAUCUUAAUGUGUUCAUUACCUGUGAUACUAAGGGUAUGGUGAAGGUAUGGAACAUUAAUGAUUACAGUUGUGUCUAAACUUUCUAUGUAUCCAAUGUUAUUUAAGUAACUUCAUUAAGAGUUAUUCCAAAGCACAGAAGACUUGUCUGUGGCUCAAGAGUAUUCAAGGUCUUUGAAUACACUAAACCUUUCACCCCAGAAUUCUCUGAUGACCAUCCUAUAUUAUGUGCUAAAUUUUCUCCAAUUCGUUUUGAAAUCUACAUAGCUGGUGAGAGAUCCAUUAAGAUUUGGAAUGCUAAAGAGGGUAAGCCAGUAAGAGUCCUAAAAAAUAUAUUUGAAAGUGAUAUAACCUGUAUGGAAUUUGAUAAGAAUCAUAGAAAGCUUAUUGCUGGAGAUCAUUUAGGAAGAGUCAAAGUAUUUGAUUUACUAUCAGGAGUGAUGAUAAAUGAGCUAGAAGGUCAUGACCCUUAAGAUGGUGAAAUCUCAUUUAUUGGCUAUGGAGAUAAUGACAAUACAAUUAUCAGUUGUGGAUGGGAUAGAGUUAUAAAAAUUCACAUGGAUGAAAAGCAGGAAUUAAAGUCGCCAAGAGAAAAUGUACUCAGAGGUAAAAAGAAUUGUCAUAAAAAGGAUAUUAUCUGCGGAGAUUACUCACAUAACUUAGGCUUGAUCGCUACAGGGUCAAGAGAUCACAGUGUCAGAAUAUGGGAUUAUGAAAGGGUAAAGUAUGAAGAGGAAAUUACUUCGCAUUCAUCAGAAGUAGUUAUUGUCAAAUUUAUCAAACCUUUUCCACUCUUACUAACAGCUGAUUCAUCAGGAUAACUGUAUGUGUGGGUUACAAAGCCCCAUGCAAAGGCAAAGCAGUGUUUAGUGAGUUGGAGAAAUAUGUUUACACUAUAAAAGAUGUGCCCGAUAACAAGUGUAGAUUCCUACUAUGAUCAGAAAAAUGGUACUUUCCUUUUGAUUGUAGGUGAUGAGAUGGGAUAUAUCAGAGUUUAAGAUUUGAGUUCAAUACUACAAGAGUUUGCUCUAAAGCCAGUAGAUAUUGUAUCCAAUAAUCACAAGAGAAAUCCUUGGAGAGUUCUCCCAAUUGAAAAGGCAGAAAGUGAAAUGAUGGACUUUAACGAUGCUGCCAGUGAUAUGUCAAGCAAUUAUGACUAGGCAGAAAAUGAGGUGAUUCCACUAUUAAAAGAAGGACAAUUCAGACAAGUAGCAUAGUGGAAGGCUCACAAUGACAUCAUAAAAUCGAUCAGCUAUAUUGCUGAGACUGAUUCUGCGAUAAUAUUUAGUGCUGGUAUGGAUAAGAUGGCUAAAAUCUGGAAUCUCAAGGGAGAACUUUAGGGUAUUUUAAGAUAGGGUUAUAUGCUAAAACAAAAUUAUCUUUGGAAUUUCCCACUAGAUACUUAUAGAUUGGAUAUUGAUAAAAGACAAACAGGAGUUUAGAAUAUGCUUAAUGAUAUUAGAAAGAAGAGAGACGAUGAAAGAUCUUUGAAGAAAGCAGCUUUAUAGAACAGUUAACUUAAGGCAGGCAAGACUACCUUAGGUUUUGCUGGAGCUUAAGUUAUGGGUAUGGGAUCAAGUUUCGUUAGCAGAGAUCCAGGCUUUGCUACUGCUCAACCUAAUAACAACUCUUUCUUAGGUUAAACUAAACUUAACUAUGGUGGAGCAUAUGGCCAAGAGGAAAUGAUGGGAACCGAUGAGCACUCUUAGAAAGUCUAAAGAUUGUUAGAAAAGGUUAGAAGGAUGGUCUAAUCUAAUAAUUCUACCUAGACUGGGUUCCCAGGAGGUAAAAAAGUAACGUACGGUGGAGUUCAAGGUUAUCCUUAAGGAGGAGGCUAUAAUCCAAAUGAUACCUCUUUCCAAAGUUAAUAGUAGAACAGUAGAAGAAUAGGUCCCUUUAGCUUUGACAUUGAUGACGAAAUUGAUACUGAAAUUCUAACUAGUGAUGAAGUAUAUAAGGAUCUUAAGGAAUUGGAGAGUAUUCUUGACAAGGAUAAAGAUAAGAUUACAGUUACUUCGAGAUAGUUCGGCAGAGCGAAAAAGAAGACUAGCAAGAGAAUGUUUUGA